AUGAAGACUGCUAUCGUUGCCACCCUCGUCGGCUCCGCCUUCGGCUCGGCCAUCUCCUCUUCUUGGGCUGAUUGGACCACCACGACGACCACUACCACCACCACCACCACGACGACCUCGAAGCCAGCGACGCAGACCAGCACCUUGUACUGCCCCAUCACCACCACUUCGACUGUGUCCUGCAGCGUGAGCGGCAAGGCCGACUCUUGCGUCACCAAGCCCGUCACCAUCUAUCCCACCGAUACCGCUUGCGAGGCUCUUUGGGAUGAUUGGACCACGACCACCAGCACGACGACCACCACCAAGCCCGUGACGACCACCACCAAGCCGGCGACUUGCACUUACACCACCACCCCAGUCACCUCGUGCACCACUGUUUCCAAGAAGGCGACCUGCACCACCACCAUCUCGACCGUCUGGGAUUCGGUCCUCUGCAGCGGAUGGGAAGACUGGGAGACCACCACCAGCACCAGCACCAGCACCGACCCAGUUUGGAGUGACUGGAGCGCCACCACCGUGAGCACGACCAGCAGCAAGCCCGUCAGCGUCACCAGCACCACCACCUGCGGCCCGUCCACCAGCACCUCGGUGACCUGCUCGACCAGCGGCUGGAGCACCGGCUGCGCCACCAGCACCGUGACCAUUGUGCCCUCGUGCUCCACCGUGCCCGUGACCGUCACCGCCGGCUGGGGCGACUGGUCUUCCACUGCCGUCACCCCCGUCGCCGCCACCAGCACCAGCAGCAAGCCCGUCGCCGCCGCCUCCACCAGCUGGGCCUAUGCUCCCUAUGGCAACAACAGCUCCCCCGUCGCCCCGGCCAAGUACACCGGCGCCGCCUCGCUGCCCAAGGUCGAGCUCGGUGUCCUCGCCCUCGUGGGUCUCGCUGCCGCCUUGUAA